CGUUCUCUUGUAGUGUUCAUUGAAAUGCGCCAUUUCCGAUUCGAGGAAAAAGAAAACGACAUUGAAGAAAGGUACUCUCAAAGGAUCUUCUGAGAUUGAAAUCUGUUCAACAUUUCUUCUUAAUUUCACGUACGAUAGCUGGUAAUUGACUGACUCAUUGAUUGAUCAGUGGUAAAGUUUUGCGUGAUCGUGACUGUUGGAUUUGACGUUGUAAAAGAAAGUGUCGCAGUACUGUGUGUACCGUGUGCGUGAUUCGGAUCUAAAUCUUAAUUCUUUUUAGUGCGAUCAACUUUAAUUUAAAAUUUAGUUAUAUUAGGUUACAAAAACAUUAAUACCAUUCAUUUUAUCAAAAAAAGUGUCAUUUGGAACAGUUAUUAUUUUACGAAAAGUGGUAAAAAUAUAUUCUUUAAACAGAAAAAAGGGGAAUGUGAAAAAAUCAACAAGCUUCGUAGAGUCGUGUAUCUGCCUGUGUGUACCAACCGGAGCUGUCAUAAAUGUACACAUUCUAUAUAGAUUGCACGAUCUAUGCUCGGUUAGUGGGCCGAUUUACUGAAGACAAGUGAUCGUAUUUGACGCGCGGCAGUGAAUUGACAUUAAUCAUCGUCGCGCGGUGUUGUGCGCUCAUCGACCGUCUAAAGAGCUAGUGCCGCAUUCUUAUUCGACGGCGAGCUUCCUUACGUAGCAGGUUAAGCAUUGAAAAUUUGAGUUUUCAAUCUUGCCAAGUGUCCCUUUCCUUGCUACCGCUGAAACGCAUUUUUAAUGUUCUUUUUUAUAACCCGUCGCGGGUGAAAGAAUUAUGUUUAUGAAUAGUGUCAUCUAGAGAAGCGCAGAAUGUGCUUAAUGCUGUGUCUAUAUUAUUCGUUUUCUCUCGUGUAUUUUAUUGCACGAAUAAUGACAAAAUUUUUGAUAUGCUAGGACAUGCAAUUCUUUUAAACUGUGCAUUCUUUUUGUCGUUUUAUUCAGUUCGUAGAUUGCUUUGGCUUCUUGAUAUUUCAGAUCUUGCUGACGUUUCACGGGCGGUGACAAGUACUCAGAACUGUAACUAUCGUGGCGCAUCGCUUACACCCUUUAUUUGCUUCUCUUCCCCUCCCUCUCUCUCCAUCUAUCUGAAGAGAGAGGCAAAGGGAAAGAAAAAGAUAUAGUAUGAAUGAACGAGUUCAAGAGAGAAAGAUAAAGUAAGAGUGAGUGAAAGAAAUAAAUGCAAAUGAAUAAAUGAAUGAGAAAGAGAUAGAGUAAGAGGGUGGGAUAGUGGUAAGCGAACUAACGAAACGUAAAUUAAGCAAAUAAGUAAAUAAGAGAAAAAAAGAUAGAGUAUUAAUAAGCGCAACAAAGAAAGAGACAUCUAUGUGAACAUCUACAUGUGUGUCCAUGAGAGAAAAAGAGAAAGAGAAUUUGCGCGCGCGUACACAGAAUUCUGUCUGUCCUUAUUGGUUUCUUUCUUUCUCAGUCCCUAUGCACCGCUUUAACGGUUUCUUGUGAUUUUUCAAUAAUGCUAUUUUGUCGAAGGUUAUGAGGUGUUGGUUACGUAGAUAAGUUUGGGGUGAGUUUGUAAGUAUGCAAGUUUGACGUAGCUUCAUUUUGUUUUAAGUAUAAGAAUACAUUGUGUAUAUAUGUAUAUGCUUUUUCAUUUAGUUUGUUCUAAGAACAUUUUUUUGAUAGCCUGUACCCGGACGGGCUCGCGCGAUGCGGACCUGUUUCCUUUUCAUCGCCGCAAGUUACGCGAAUCUCAUGAUUACCGUGAAGUUGCUGCGUUUAGUCAUCGUGUUACCAAUUCUCACUGUUCAUUCUUCAUUAAAACAGACUACACAUUAUCAUUUAGAGAGUUUAUUUGGUUUUAUCAAUCGUAACAUUAUCGCAAAACAACACCAGACUGUUUAAUUCGUCAAAACUCGCUUCGCGACUAAUUGGAUAAUGUAAUUAACAAAGUCUUCGUUUUAAUGGGUUAAACUACAUAUACUAUUAUUUUUCGUUGGUUUACUUAUUGUGUUUUUCGUUUGUGAUCAUGGCUAAUCGGGGUACAGCCCAGAGGCCGAAUGGUUCGACACAAGGAAAGAUUUGUCAAUUUAAGCUGGUAUUACUUGGAGAAUCUGCUGUGGGAAAAUCGAGUCUUGUUUUGAGGUUUGUUAAAGGACAGUUUCAUGAAUAUCAAGAAAGUACUAUUGGAGCUGCUUUUUUAACACAAACUGUAUGUUUGGAUGAUACAACUGUAAAAUUUGAGAUUUGGGAUACAGCAGGGCAGGAACGUUAUCAUAGUCUUGCACCAAUGUAUUAUCGUGGUGCACAAGCAGCUAUUGUUGUAUAUGAUAUAACAAAUCAAGACACAUUUGUACGUGCCCAAACGUGGGUGAAGGAAUUGCAACGACAAGCCAGUCCAAGUAUAGUUAUAGCAUUAGCUGGAAAUAAAGCUGAUCUUGCAAAUAAAAGAAUUGUAGAAUUUGAUGAAGCUCAAACUUAUGCUGAUGAAAAUGGCCUUCUUUUCAUGGAAACUUCAGCUAAAACAGCAAUGAAUGUUAAUGAUAUAUUUUUGGCAAUUGCUAAAAAACUUCCAAAGAAUGAACAAUCAGGAAGUGCAAGUACAAGUGGUCAAGGUCGUCGAUUGGUUGAAACAGAAGGACAAAAGGCAGCAACUGGCAAUUGUUGCAAGUGAUUAUCCAAAUCUAUCUGUACUAUAAUCUACAAAUAUAAAUACACCAUGAGUGUGUCUGCAAUGAAUAUAUAUUUGAAUGGAAAAUAAAACAAUGGAAAAUACCACUAUAAUGGAAUGGGAGGUGAACUGUGCAAGAUAAACAUUUUUCUUGAGUGAUUAAUAAAAAAUGCGUGUAUCACAUUACAUUCGACGAUAUAUCAUCUAUUUUGAGUAUCAGAUCUAUCAAAAAAGAAGAAAAAGAGAAAGACAGAAACAGAUGAAGCUCCCAUUUGUAAUGCUAGUAGUAAUGGGCGGUGUUCGUUAUAAAUAUAUAAAUAUAUAUAUAUAAAUUGUAUUUAUAUAUAUAUUCAUAUAUAAAUACAAUUAUAAUAUAAAUCAUAUAUAAUAAAUAUGAUUUAUGUAAUAAGUAAUGUUAAUGGUAAUAAGUAAUAAUAAUAUUAAUGGUAAUAUUGAUAUAUAAAUAAUAAUAACAUUAAUAUUAGUAAUAAUAAUAUACAUUUAAAACAUACAAUGUAUGAUGAAAUUUUGGCACGCGAAACAUCUUGUAAGAUAGUAGGCCAUUCCUGCUGCUAUGAUUACCUAUGUAUUUACUUUCUUAGUUUGUAAACAUGUAUAACAAAUUUUUGCUCCGAAAUAUAUUGUAUAUUAAUUUUAUUAUAUAAUAAUUCAUGAUAAAUUAUAAAUGAUUACGCAAGAAAAAAUAAACUUGUGAAUAUUA